AUGAGCGAGGAAUGUGCGAAUCCCCUGCUGCUGGGGUGGAUCAAAGAAUGGCUGGAUCAAGCGCGAGACCGAAACAGCAAAGGCGUGACAGUGUACAAGAAAGCCUAUGAGUCGAUGAAGGCGUGUCCGUUGGUCUUCCAGCAUCCAUCUCAGGCACAGCAAUUGAACGGGCUGGGGCCCAAACUAUGUGACCGCUUGACGGAGAAAUUGAAUGCCUACUGUCACGAGAAUGGUCUUCCCUUACCCGAGGUACCUGGUCAUGCAAACAAGAGGACAUCGGACGCCGGUGUUGCCGAUCAGCCUGCAAAGAAGCCACGGAAACCCAAGCCCUAUGUGCCGGCGUUGCGAUCUGGUCCAUAUGCGCUUCUUCUAGGUUUAGGCACCUUGAACGAGCAUGCAUCCCAGAGCAUGACCAAAGCCCAGCUGAUUGAUGUGGCGCAGCCUUACUGCGACAGCUCGUUCACUGCGCCCACAGACCCGACCAAGUUCUACACCGCGUGGAAUUCCAUGAAAACCCUAGUCCAGAAAGACUUAGUGUAUGAGCAUGGUCGACCGCUUCGAAAGUAUGCGCUGACCGAGGAUGGCUGGGAGGUCGCCAAGCGCAUUCAAAAAACACUCCCGGGAUCUGCCUCGAACAUGAUGUCCUUUGCAGGCAGUGAUUCUCAAAUCCAUCCGUCGCUACCUAAUAACAUCGGCAUCCCCGAAGCUCUGGAAGACAAUGACGAUAUCACAAUUCCACCCUUUACGAAUGCCCAGGAAGGCCAAUCUGUCGACAGUGGCUCCACCGAACCUAUUAUUCUCCCACUCAAUAGCUUCACGAUCCAGUUGGUUCUAGAUACACGAGAAGUCCGCACAUCUACCGACCGCGACUACAUUGCAAACGAGCUUAUGAAACAGGGGAUUACCCCUCAGGUGCGCGCUCUGGAGCUGGGCGACGCAAUGUGGGUGGCAAAAUGCCGAGAUCCCGCGUUCUUGAGACAGUACGGCGAAGAAGGCGACGAGGUGAUGCUGGAUUGGAUCAUUGAGCGAAAGCGGCUGGAUGACUUGAUUGGAUCCAUCAAAGACGGACGCUUCCACGAACAGAAAUUCCGACUGCGCCGCUCCGGCAUCAAGAAUGUCAUCUACUUGGUCGAGGAGUUCAACGUCACACACCCGGACUCUGGCAGCGGGAGUGGUCUGAAGUACCAGGAGAUGGUUUCCUCGGCCAUUGCCUCGACCCAAGUGGUCAAUGGCUAUUUCAUAAAGAAAACCCGCAACCUCGACGACUCGAUUCGCUAUUUGGCGCGUAUGACUCUCCACCUCCGGCGACUGUACGGCGUCCACGGCUCGCCUUCGGUCGAGACGGAAAUGAAUCAAUCUGAUAAUGCUUCUUCGAAAAUUGCUCUCCUUCCUAGCCGACGUCUCUCCUCCACUCAAUCCUACCUUACUACUCUCGACACCUUCCGUACUCAAGACCCUUCUCUCACUUACGGCGUCACAUUUUCCACAUUUUCUGCCCUUACAUCCAAGUCUAAUGUUUUAUCUCUUCGUGAUGUCUUUUUGAAAAUGCUCAUGUGCACCCGUGGCGUGACGGGUGAAAAGGCUCUUGAGAUCCAGCGCCGAUGGCAAACCCCUCGACAGCUGGUGGAAGCAUAUAUGGCGCUAGAGCCCAAAGAUCGGGAAGUGAUGGUGUCGGAUCGACUGCAGUCCCUGGUAGGACGCAAGAAGGUCACCCGGGCACUGAGCAAGAAAAUUGCCGAAGUUUGGGGCGAGGGAGGAUGA